AUGCCGUCAAACCUGAAGGCAUCAGCUGACCACCUGGACAAGCUCCAGUAUAAGCCGGAUGUUGAUAACUUGGAGAUAUCUCAAAUGAGAGUGGCGCAAAUAGAACAGAAAUACAACCGUGAAAUUUUCAACUUACCUGGAAACUUUGAAACGGAGCCAUUUUCGUCCCUGAUUGCUUCACUGACAACAAGUUUCCGAGGACCAGUCGAACGAAUCAAGUGGAACAAUUUGCGCACGUUUCCAGCAUUCUUCGCAUCUUCCAUUUCUUCGACCUUUCGGGUCCACCAAGCUUCUCGGUCUGCGCGGACACUCAGUUUCACCUGGUGUCGGAUGAUGCGCCGGGUGGAGUUGUGGUGGCGACCAGGUGGGAUCUGUCGCCGGGCCUCCAGAAAAGACACGGUUCUAUCAGAGAUUGAAUGCUUGGAUGAGGUUGGCUGGGUUGUACCGCAAGCAGACGCUCCUGCUUUGAGUAACGCGUUGGAUAUUUUUUCCCAGUGGCCGUUUAUAUCCGACACCGUACCGUCCGGCAGGCAUUCGAGGAGCUGUUUCUGA